UUAUUGUUCAUUCCCCGAAAAGUCCUCCAUCAACGGUUAUAAAUACAGAAAGAAGAAGGUCGAAAUUGUAAAAUCACAUAAAGGAAUCAUUGUCCAGCGUUAUACAGUACAUAAAUAAAUAGAUAAAAAAACAAAAAAUGAGAGGCUAAUUGUGAAAAAGCGAGGGAGCCGGAGGAGCCUUUUGUAAAAUUAGGCAUUUCUCCGGCGAGGGUUUCGAAUUCCGAUCAAAUUUAUCGAUUUCGCUAAUUCUAUAGUUUCUUAAUUUUACUAAAAUCUGCGAUCUGUAAAUUCUUUGAGCUUUUGGGAGGUCUUUUUCGAGAAUCUUCUGGAUGUCUACACCGCCUACUAAAUUUUGGAGCGGCUGGCCGCUGACACCGAGGACCGAACCGGUUGAUAAGGGCAAAGGCAUCGCCUCUCUGGAAAAUUUGGAUCAGGAGGCGCUAAAGAAGAAGGUUUCCGAGCUUCAAAAUGAGCUUUUUGACUACCAAUACAAUAUGGGUCUUCUCCUUCUUGAGAAGAAGGAAUGGUCUUCUAAGUUUGAAGAAAUUAAGCAAGCCUUAGAAGAAUCAGAUAUUGCCUAUAGAAGAGAACAAACAGCUCAUGCAAUUGCUAUAUCUGAAGUGGAGAAACGUGAAGAGAAUUUAAGGAAGGCGCUUGGAGUCGAGAAGCAAUGUGCACGAGAGCUAGAGAAGGAGCUGCGUGAGAUGCGUUCGGAGCAUGCGGAGACCAAAUAUACUGCUGAUUCAAAAUUGGCAGAGGCAAAUGCACUGGCUACUAGUAUUGAAGAGAAAUCAUUAGAGAUAGAAGCAAAGUUGCGUGCAGCUGAUGCCAAGCUUGCUGAGGUGAACAGAAAGAGCUCUGAAGUUGAGAGGAAACUUAAUGAAGUCUGUGCUCAAGAAAAUGCACUUCGAAGAGAACGGUUAUCUUUCAUUGCAGAGCGUGAAGCUUAUGAGACUAAUUUAUCCAGACAAAGAGAGGACUUACAAGAAUGGGAAAGAAAACUACAGGCAGCAGAGGAGAGGUUGGCUGAUGGACGAAGAUUGCUUAACCAAAGAGAGCAGCGAGCCAAUGACACUGAUACAAUUUUGAGCCAAAAGAAGAAUGACCUUGAAGAUGAACAGAGGAAAACUGUCAUUGCAAACUCAGUUUUGAGGAAGAAAGAAGAUGAUAUGAGCAGCCAAAUAGAAAAUCUUACUCAUAUGGAGAAGGAACUUGAAGAUGUGAGAAAGAGCCUGGAGAUAAAAGAGAGGGAGUUGCUAGAUCUACAGGAGAAGCUGAAUAUUAAAGAGAGAGAUGGAAUCCAAAAUCUAAUGGAUGAACAUCGAAGAGUCCUGCAUUACAAGGAAGAGGAGUUUGAAUUGGAACUGAGGCAGAGGCGGGCAUCAUUGGAUGGGGAAUUGAAAGGUAAGGUGCUUGAACUAGAGAAGAAGGAAGCUGAAGUUAAUCACAUGGACGAGAAGAUUAAGAAACGAGAACAGGCCCUUGAAAAGAAAAUGGAGAAAGUAAAGGAGAAGGAGAAGGAUCAUGAGUUGAAGUUAAAAGCGUUAAAGGAAAAGGAGAAGUCUUUGAAAAAUGAGGAGAAAAGUUUGGGGACUGAAAGGAAGCAGAUAGUUUCUGAGAGAGAGAAUUUGCUGGCUCUGAAGGCUGAGCUUGAGAAUGUAAAAGCUGACCUAGAAAAGCAACAGAUCAAGAUUAGUGAGGGUACAGAACAACUCAAAAUAACUGAAGAUGAGAGAAUCAAACAUGCUCGCCUACAAUCAGAACUGAAGCAGGAGAUAGACAAGUGUAGACUCCUCCAAGAGGAUCUAUUGAAGGAAGCUGAAGAUUUGAAGCAGGAAAAAGAAAGGUUUGAGAGAGAAUGGGAAGAACUGGAUGAGAAAAGAUCUGAGAUCAAGAUAGACUUGCAGGAACUUAAUGAGCAGAGAAAGAAUUUCGAAAAACUGAAGCGCACUGAAGAGGAAAGGAUAAGCAAGGAGAAGCUGGAAACAGAAAAUUUUGUCCAGAGGGAGUUGGAAGCCCUUAAAGUGGCAAGAGAAACCUUUGAAGCUACCAUGGAUCAUGAGAAGUCAAUAUUAGCAGAGCAAACUCAAAGCGAGAAAAGCCUAAUGCUUCAUGCUUUUGAACAGCAGAAAAGAGAACUUGAAAGUGAUAUGCAGAGAAAGCAGGAGGAAAUGGAGUCUACGCUGCAUGUACGGGAGAAACUCUUUGAGGAAGAGAGGGAGAAGGAGCUCCGCAAUAUUGAGUAUUUAAAGGAGAUUGCCCAUAGAGAUAUGGAAGAGAUGAAAUUAGAAAGAGUCCGGCUGGAGAAAGAAAAACAGGAAAUUUCUGCCAACAAGGGGAUUCUUGAAGUGCAACAGUUAGAGAUGAAAAAGGAUAUUGAUGUGCUUGUUGGAUUAAGCAGGAAGUUGAAGGAUCAGAGGUUAGCUUAUAUUAAGGAAAGGGACAGGUUUAUUGAUUUGGUUAAGCAGAAGAAGAGCUGCAGCUCGUGUGGAGAAGGAAUUCGUGUGAUUGAAUUUUCUGACCUUCAAGCUCUAGCUGAAGCGGAGAGUUUUGAGGCCCCUCCUCUGCCAAGUGUUGCACAGGAAUAUUUGAAGGAUGGUCUGCAAGGAGCUUCAGGAAGGACUAGUGAUGAUCUGUCCCCUGGAGCUCUUAAUACAAACUCAAUGGUUUCUGCUGGAACCAUGUCCUGGCUUCGAAAAUGCACAUCCAAGAUUCUCAAAUUCUCACCAGGCAAAAACAUUGGAAAUGCUGCUCCUGAUGGUCUGAUUGAUGAAUCUUCUCCGUCGGAGAAGUGUGCAGGCAUAUCACCAAAUAAACUAUCAAACAAAGGAAAUCCAGUGGAUCUGGCUGUUUCCAUGAAUGUUCUGGAUGAUCAGAGGCUUCAACACGGUGAUGGUCUUAGAGAGGUGGAAGUUGGUCAAGACACUGUUGAAGAAACUCAGCAUUCGUUCAUGAAAACUGGCCAGCGCAGACCUAUCAAAAAAGGGCGUGGUAGAAGCGGUAAAACAGCCAAAUCUGCAGAUACAAGGACAGUUCUUGAAAAGGUUCCUAAAGAGGGAGAGAAUAUGCAUGCCAAUGGAAAUGUGGAGACUUCAGUUAAUCUGAAUGAGGAGAGUCAGAGAGAAUCUGAUCUUUUGGGUGCAGCACCAAGAAACUCCAGAAAGCGUAGUCACUUGCAUACAUCACAGGGAACAGCUAGUGAGAUCGAUGGCACUAAUAGUGAAGGAAAAUCAGAUACUGUAGCCAGCAAUCGCAGGAAGAGGAGACAAAAGGCUACCCCUGGUGUGCAGGCUCAUGCUGAAAGAAGAUACAACCUGCGCCGACCUAGAAAUGCUGCACCAGCAACAUCCAAUGGAUCUUUGCCAGACCCAGUUUCAAAAUCUCAGGAAGAGAAUUGGAACUCCAGAGCUUCCAUGGAAACUCCUCAGGUGAACAACAGUGAAGAUGUAAAAGGCAGAGAUUUCACCACCGGUCAUCCUACGGUAGCUGAGAGCCCUUUGAAUGAUGCAGUGGAUAAUCAAGGAAGUGUUGCUAACAUGGCAAAUGAGUUGGUAGAGCAUACAGGUUUGAGUGAAGAGGUGAAUGAAACACCAGAACGACCUUCAGCUUUGAGUGAAGAGGUGAAUGAAACACCAGAACGACCUUCAGCUUUGAGUGUGAACGGGGACGAGGAGGAAGGGUGUGGUGACAGUGCUGAUGAUGGUGAUGAUAGUGACGAGGAGGAAGAGAUUAAACAUCCCGGUGAAGUCUCUGUAGGGAAGAAGAUUUGGACUUUCAUCACGACAUAGUGGAGAUCUAAAUGACUCUAGUUUGUGGUCUCGCUUACUAGGCAUCUUGACUGGUAUUGUGUCUUUUGCAACUUGUAGAGUACUUUGAUGAUUUUAGAGUGAUGUGCGGUGGUGUGUAUCCUUCUCAAAAUUUAGUCAACCAGGAAUCAGUUUAGGGUUGGAAAUUUGAUUGUUCAUAUGAUGGUUGGUCCUAGUUGGGGCGCACACGCAUAUUGGUUUUACAAUUUUUAGUAUCCAUAUGCUUAUGUCCCCAAGUUAACCAUUGCAGCUGUAACACUAGAUUGUGCUUCUCUCCUGUAUCUCUACAUCAUUGGAAGUCAACCAUUAAAUAGGUGGAUAAUAUUCUUCAA